AUGGAGGACCAACAUUGCGGAGACUCUCUCUUCCCAACCUCCACCCUCAUUCCGGUCACCACCAUUUGCAUCCUACUCUUCAUUAUUGGCAUAGUUGGCAACACCAUGACCAUCCUCAUUAUCAACCGCUUCAAGGACAUGAAGACCACCACCAACCUGUAUCUCUCCAGCAUGGCCAUCUCAGACCUGGUCAUCUUCCUCAGCCUCCCAUUCGACCUUUACCGCCUCUGGAAGUAUGUACCCUGGGUCUUUGGGGAGCUGGUGUGCCGUCUAUCACACUACACCAACGAAGGAUGCACCAACGCAACUAUCCUUCACAUCACAGUGCUCAGCAUGGAGCGUUACCUGGCCAUCUGCUUCCCUUUCAAAGCCAAGGCUUCCAUCACCAAGAGAAGGGUCAAGUAUGUCAUUCUAGCUCUCUGGAGCUUCGCUCUAUUGUCUGCUGCACCAGUGUUCUUCCUGAUGGGCGUGGAGUAUGAGAACGAGACAAUUCCUGACCCAGGCACUAGGCAGUGCAAGCACACGCGCUAUGCCAUUGAAUCGGGGCUGCUGCACACCACUAUCUGGGUGUCGACAGCCUACUUCUUCUGCCCCAUGUUCUGCCUGCUCUUUCUGUAUGGAUCCAUUGGUCGAAAGUUGUGGAAGAGUCGUCAUGAGCUUCAUGGGCCCAAUGCAGCAGCCAGACAGAAGGUCAACAGGCAAACCGUCAAGAUUCUAGCUGUUGUUGUGUUGGUUUUUGCCAUCUGCUGGCUGCCUUACCACAUUGGUCGGUUCCUCUUCACACAUGUGGAUGACUAUCACUCCGCCCGCCUCAGUCAGAACUUCAACGUGGCCUCCAUGGUGCUCUUCUACCUGAGCGCCUCAAUUAACCCCGUCCUUUACAACCUCAUGUCCAACAAGUACCGCUCUGCCAUCAAACGCCUCUUUCUGUUGCCUCACAGGAGCCAACAUAGACCCAAUCAGAGACAUAUCUCAACCUGUGAUGACAUCACCAUGUGCUCAGAAAUGUUCAAUGGGGUGAAAGAGACCACGAUGACAGAGGAGGGCUUACGGUAACAUCAUCCUUGCUGAAGAGGAGCUCUGGAACCUGGGAGAAGUGAAGUUGUGGGCUUAUUGGAUAAGAACUGGAUAAUUGGU